AUGAUCCGCGGCGCCUGGAUGUACCCCCGCGGGGGCGCCGCCGGCGGGGCGGUGUGCUGCGCGCCGCGCCGCAGCGACAAGCCGGUGGCCGACCCCGAGCGGGCGCAGAAAUGGCGCCUCUCGCUGGCCUCGCUCCUCUUCUUCACCGUCCUCCUCUCCGACCAUCUGUGGCUCUGCGCCGGGGCCAAGCUGCGGGCGCGGGAGCGGAGCGGCGCCGGGCGGCCGCGGGGCCGCGGGCCGCGGGCCCUGCUGGCGGCCGAGCCGGCGGGCGGCAGCUGCGAGGCCCUGCUCGGCAACCUCAGCCGGGCCGCCGGCCCCGCCGGCCCCUGCCCCGCCGCCCGCGGCGACCUGGACUCGGCCUGCGCCCGGCUGCACGCCCUGCAGCGGCCGCGGGGCUCCCCGGCCGGCGCGCCCCUCCGCUCGCCCCCCGCCGCCGCCCCCUUCUUCGCCUCUCCCUCCUCCAAGAGGACCUUCCUGCAGGCUUACUUUAGGAACUUCAACCUCUCCUUUUGUGAUACUUACACGAUCUGGGACCUGCUGCGGGAGAUGGCCGGCCCGGACGGCCUGGACUGCAGCGUGGACAACCUGAUGGUGGACUUGGUGGUGGCGGCGGCCGGGGCGCUGGGCGGGGAGGCCUGUAGCAGCUGCGUCCAGGCGUACCAGCGGCUGGACCAACACGCUCAGGAAAAAUACGAGGAGUUCGACCUCUUGCUGGAGAAGUACUUGCAAUCGGAAGACUACUCGGUCAGAUCCUGCCUGACAGACUGCAAGGCUGUCUACAAGGCCUGGCUGUGCUCCGAGUAUUUCAACGUGACCCAACAACAGUGCCGACACCGGAUCCCAUGCAAGCAAUACUGCCUGGAGGUGCAGACCAGGUGCCCGUUUGUGUUACCGGACAAUGACGAGCUGAUCUAUGGAGGUUUGCCUGGCUUCAUCUGUACGGGGCUGCUGGAGAACCAGCUGCCUGACGAGGAGGCCAAGUGCUGCGAGGUGCAAUGGGACUCCUGCGACCACCCCCCAGACAGCAACGACAACACAUCCCCCAAAUCCACAGCGUCCGAGUCACUCCAUUUCCACCGCCACGACCCCCACCUCCAUCACCAGCGGCAGAACCACUACCACCUCUACCACCACCACCACCACCACCAGUACCACCAGCCCCACUCCCCAUCCUUGCUGCCGGUCUCCGCAGGGUCUCGCCUCAGCAGCAGCAGGAUCAGACUGUGCGUGCUGGUCCUGAUGCUUCUCCACACCAUGGUGUCCUUCUCGAGCGUGCAUGGCGGCGGCGGGGCGGCAGGUGGAGGGCUCAGCCUGGAGGCCCUGCCCGCCCUCGAGGAGAGCGUGGCACGGGACGAGUGAUGCGGAGGGGAAAGCCGACC